CGACCAGAAGAGCAAGAAAUGUGUUGCUAACAGGACUUUUCCCCAAGGUGCCAGCCUAUUCCAUGGGCUCCGGCAUGGAGAACUCCCACAUGCACAUUACACACCCUUGGGUUGAUUUCAUGUCCACCCAUGAGCUAUUCGGAACCUGUAAAACUGCUGCCAUUCAAAAGGUAUAUAACCUGUCCUCCAAACAUCUUCCCAGUCCAGCGGAGAGGAUCUGGUGGAGAUGAAGACUAGUCUUGUCACCUUGUUGGCUGCUGUCCUGUGUGUGGAGCAAGCUUACCCAUUUAUCUGCUAUGUGUGCCAAGAACAGGAGUCCAACAAGAACUGUUUGACCAUUUCCAUGUGUGCAAAGGAAGACAAAUACUGCGUGACUGUCCGUAACAACGUUGGAACAAAGCCCAAUAAGCCUAAAUAUGUCAUCUCUAAGAUGUGUUCUCCAACGUGUCCAGCAACAAGUCAGCAACAAAACCAAACCUAUCAGACGGUUUCUUGCUGUGCGAAACCAUUAUGCAAUGUGAAUGGAGUCAGCAGCAAGGAAAGCAGCUAUGGAGCGAUGUCCCUGGGUGUCCUAGCCAGUAUCACUUACAUCUUUGCAUGUGGACUGUGAUGGGUUAGGAAAAGCUCCCCGUGAUGGCAUUGUUGGCUGAAAUAAAAUUGUGUUGCUCUGGGAUAA